AAUACAAGGACAUGCGGCCACCCUCGCAAGCAACAUAUCCCCUGGAUGUUUUAAGAACUCACGGGCUGGCUGAGGAGUACAUAACACACGGGAGCCAUGAUUCCUGUAACGGAGUUCCGGCAGUUCAUGGAACAGCAGCAGCCGGCGUUCCGAGUGCUGAAGCCCUGGUGGGACGUGUUCACGGACUACCUCUCCGUGGUCAUGCUCAUGAUCGGAGUGUUCGGGUGCACCCUGCAGGUAAUGCAAGACAAAAUCAUAUGCCUUCCAACAAAUACUCCCACUCAGAACCAAACCGUAGCCUUGAAAAAUCAAUCGGAACAUCCCUUACUUUCCCACACCAAUGAAGUGUCCGCUCCCAUGCCUGAACUGAAAGGGCGGAAGACCAACCUGGACUUGCAACAGUACAGCUACAUUAACCAAAUGUGCUACGAGAAAGCGCUGCAUUGGUACGCCAAGUACUUCCCGUAUCUGGUCCUAAUACACACAAUGAUCUUCAUGGUGUGCAGCAACUUCUGGUUCAAGUUCCCAGGCUCCAGCUCCAAAAUAGAGCACUUCAUUUCCAUUCUGUGGAAGUGCUUCGAUUCUCCCUGGACCACCAGAGCCCUGUCUGAGGUGUCCGGGGAAAACCCAGAGGGGCAAGACGAGAAAAAAGAGGGUGACAGCAAGGCCAAUGUGUCCACCAUUGAAGAUGGUCUGGAGAAGACACAGUCCCUCAGGUCCAUCCCAGAAAAGCUGGUCGUCAACAAGCCGGCCGCAAGUGUCCUAGACAAGAAGGAAGGAGAGCAGGCCAAGGCUUUGUUUGAGAAGAUUAAGAAGUUUCGCCUUCACGUGGAAGAGGGAGACCUGCUCUAUGUCAUGUAUGUUCGCCAGAACAUUCUCAAAGUGCUGAAGUUCCUCCUGAUCAUCAUAUACAACUGCUUCCUCGUGCAUCGGGUGAAGAUCAUUGUGACAUGCAACGUGAAAACCAAGGACAUGACGGGUUACGACAACUUCCUGUGCAAUCACACGAUGGCCCACUUGUUCUCAAAGCUGUCCUACUGUUACCUGUGUUUUGUAGGGGUCUAUGGACUUACGUGCCUUUACACUUUGUACUGGUUGUUCCACCGCUCCCUCAAGGAGUACUCUUUCGAGUAUGUGCGGCAGGAGACUGGAAUUGAUGACAUACCAGAUGUGAAGAACGACUUCGCCUUCAUGCUGCACAUGAUCGACCAGUACGACCCGCUGUACUCUAAGAGAUUUGCGGUGUUCCUGUCCGAAGUCAGCGAGAACAAGCUGAAACAGCUCAACCUGAACCACGAGUGGACGGCACAGAAGCUACGGCAGAAGCUGCAGACCAACGCCAACAACAAGCUGGAGCUCCAGCUCUUCAUGCUCUCCGGCCUCCCGGACACCAUCUUCGAGGUGACCGAGCUCCAGUCUCUGAAACUGCAGAUCAUAAACAACGUCACCAUCCCGGCCGCCAUCUCCAAGCUGGAGGACCUCCAGGAGCUGUCCCUGUACCAGUGCUCCAUCAAAGUCCACAGCACCGCGGUCGCCUUCCUGAGGGAGAACCUGAAGGUGCUGAGGGUGAAGUUCGACGACAGCAGGGAGCUGCCGUCCUGGAUAUACUGCCUGCGCAACCUGGAGGAGCUGCAUCUCAUGGGUCUCUUCAGCCACGACAUCUCCAGGAAUGUCACCCUGGACUCACUGCGCGAGCUGAAGUCUCUCAAGACCCUCCACCUGAAGAGCAACUUCACCAAGAUCCCACAGUCCAUCGUGGACGUCUCAAGCCACCUGCAGAGGCUCUACAUCCACAACGACGGCACCAAGCUGGUCAUGCUCAACAACCUGAAGAAGAUGGCGCACCUGGUCCACCUGGAGCUGGUGCACUGCGAGCUGGAGCGCAUCCCCCACGCCGUCUUCAGCCUCACCAACCUGCAGGAGCUGGACCUUAAGGAGAACAACCUCAAGUCCAUCGAGGAGAUCGUCAGCCUCCAGCACCUGCGCAAGCUCACCAGCCUGAAGCUGUGGCACAACGCCAUUGCCUACAUCCCCGACCAUAUCAAAAAGCUGGGCAGCCUGGAGCGGCUCUACUUCAGCCACAACAAGAUCGAAGUCCUCCCCUCCCACCUCUUCCUCUGCCACAAGCUGCGCUACAUGGACCUCUCCCACAACGAGAUUCGCUUCAUCCCGCCCGAGAUCGGGGUCCUGCAGAGCCUCCAGUACUUCUCUGUGUCCUGCAACAAGAUUGAGAACCUCCCAGACGAGCUCUUCUUCUGCAAGAAGCUCAAAACCCUCAAGCUGGGGAUGAACUUUCUGACCGUGCUGUCACCAAAGAUUUCCUUCCUGAUCGCACUGACACACCUGGAACUCAGCGGCAACCAUUUUGAGGGCCUGCCAGCGGAGCUGGGGUCCUGCCGUGCCCUGAAACGUAGUGGCCUUGUCGUUGAAGACGCCCUGUUUGAGACGCUGCCGUCAGAUGUCAGGGAACAGCUGAGCGCAGAGUGAUCUGCCGUACCUCCACAAAAUGCCAAAUGUCUUAAUCUGACAAGCCUGGCUCCUAAACAGUGGCAUUUCUACCUUAGUUUAUCAUCAAGUGUAGUAUUGGAUAAUCUAUAUACUAUAAUUCAGGGGUAUUGAAAAAAAAAACAUUUUAAUGGCCUUAAUGGUAUUGGCACAUGCAGUGCACUUAGGUUUAGUGCCAAUGGGCUGAUAUCAUAAUAUGAGCAGCAGACUGGGGCAGUAUAUAAGGAACUUGGCUUCUGACCAGACAGUCGAUUUGAUAUAUAUGUUAGAGGAUGAAAUAAAAUACUCAGUCUUUUUCUAUAGUAGGCCUUUGAGGGUAUGGAAAGAUAGCCUCAGUGGAAAUCAGUGAGAGUGCUUCAUUUUACUAUCCUCUACAAUAUUUCAGCCAACAACAUCCUGGUUAGAAUGGAUGGAAGGAUGUUGCUAAUGGACCCUUGAGAAAGGCACUUCACCUGAAGCACUUCAGUCAGAACAGUUACAGUGUUAGCAUUUAUAUAAGCUGGAGGCUGUAAGUCAUGACACCCUUUACAGUUUAAGAAUAUAGAUGCUAAUAGGAGAAGCCAUGUCAAAAACACAGCUUGUUAUGCGGGAUGACACAGGGCGUGACAACAGGGCUGGAUAUUGCUACACCACUCCAAAGAGAUGAACAUCGGUCAAUUGGAUGUCCAGUCAGAAUUCAUAUAUAUAAGAUGGUGCAUAAAGAUUUUGCAAUCAAGAUUGAGAAUGACCACAAAAAAAUAUAUGAAACAUACCUGUGUAGUUACUGUAAAACUGUAUUUAAAUGAAACUGCUUCUUCCGAUCGAUAAGAAUGGCAGUUGUCAUCGGUUUUUAUAAUACUAAUAUCAGCAACUCAGAAAUUCAAAGUGCAUUUUGAACUUUUCCUGUCGAAAAAAAGUAAUGAUCCAGCUAGACCAAGCUUGGGGGAGAGGACUGUUAAAAGUGCAGUAUAUUGAUGCUUGAUAAUCAAUUGCCAGCCACUAGCACCUUGAUAGUGAAUUUUGAUUCAGCUAACAGUUUAACACCCUGAUCUUGCAAGUAUGCAUAAGGAAAUGUGCUUGAAUACUAUCGCUAUCAAAAAAGAUGGGAAAUCUAGCUUUGUCUUGUGCUCAAAAUAACUCCCCUUCCUUUGCUCAAACUGUCACUUUUCCCAAGGCCUGACUAAAAUCUUGAUCCUCUUAUUAAAUAGGUGAGUAACAAUGUAUAUUCUAAACUGAUCUGUAAAAUUUAAUAGUAGUCCACAGCUGCUUCAUGGGCUCAUAUUACAGUUCAUCAUAUAUUCCACCUGAACCAGGGUUGAGAAUAAACUGAAGUUUCCUGAAGUGCAACGUUAGAAAUACAUACAUCCCUGGGGAAUCAUUCUUCAGUCUUCCUUUGAAUGUUAAGUCUAAAGAUUAAGUCUAAAGAACAGACUGUUAACAUCUGGCAUUGAUGUUUGAAUUACAAGCGACUUGUCCUCUGCGUCAUUUUUCAAACAAUCAUGUCACGUUUGCAGAAAAUAAGCUUGUGUCGUGUUCAGAUAUGUCUGUGUAAUUCCCAGACUUGAGCAAAGACUCGUGGCCCCAGAAUAUCAGGGCACCUGGUGACAAAUUAUUCCUGUAAAAGUUACAGUACAAUAAUGUACUGACAUCACUUUCAGUUUUCAACAUCUGCUCUAGCCUCUACUGUAGCACUUCUUUAUCACACUCACCUA